AUGAGCGAUAAUGACGAUAUUAAUGCGUCUAUUGCACAUGUUGUGCUGUGCUGUGUUGCCGGACAAGGUCUUGGCCGUAUGCACUCCAAGUCUUUCACGCACCCCGGAAUGCAUGCCAACUUCUUCAUACAUGGCAUACUCGGAUUUAUGCACUAUCAGAGUGGAAGAUUCAAUAAGGAUAUUAAGUCAGCCUAUGCGAUCAGUUACGCCGCUUCAAGAUAUCUAGCGCUUCCGUGCCUGAACGCCGAUUUGUAUCGUGGUGAUGCGGCAUUAAGUACGCUUCACCUUGCCUCCGGCUUGAUCCCCUUUGCAUUGGCUUUAGGAGGAAAAGAUGAUCAGAACCUAGGAAACUUAUUAAUCGCCUGCAAUAUUGUAUCAUUGUGCGUGUAUUCCCAUAAAAAUGAGAGACAAUAUGGCUGGUACACAGCAGGCGCGGGAGUUUUGGCAUAUUUCAUCACGACGACCGUGGCAAAGAAAAUUACUUAUCCACUAUGUUUGGCCCUGAUGGACUAUUGUGCAUACAGAGUAUUUCAUAUUCAUUUUACGGCUGCAUAA